AUGAAGUUAACACAAUCGGUUAUCAAAUCCUUUAAGCCCGUCAAAUAUUUUAAAGAAAAUCUUGACAAAAUAAAUUCACUCAGUUAUACUGAUAGUGGUGAAUUUAUUAUCUCCAGUAGCGACGAUGAGCAGAUGAUAAUAUAUGAUUGUACAUCCGGCACGCCUAAGCGUACUCUGAACAGCAAGAAGUAUGGCGUGAACCUAAUCCAGUUCACUCACAGUCCCACUACAGCCAUACACGCAUCCACUAAAGUCGAUGACACCAUCCGUUACUUGUCCCUCCAUGACAACAAGUAUAUCCGCUACUUCCAGAGCCACACUAAGCGCGUUGUCUGCCUGUGCAUGUCACCUAUCGACGACGCCUUCCUCUCAGGAGCCCUGGACCGUACCGUUAGACUGUGGGACUUGCGAUCCCAGAAUUGUCACGGUGUGAUGCAUGUGGCCGGGAGACCGACUGCUGCUUUCGAUCCCGAGGGACUCAUCUUCGCCGCGGGUAUCAACUCCGAGUGUGUCAAGCUCUACGAUCUCCGCUCCUUCGACAAGGGUCCUUUCGCCACAUUCAAGUUGGCCGUGGACGUUCCGGGCUGCGAGUGGACCGGUCUCAAAUUUUCGCCCGACGGGAAAACUCUUCUGAUAACCACAAAUGGCAACAAUCUCUGGCUCAUGGAUGCCUUUUCGGGAGCCCAUUUGCACACAUUUACAGUGAGUGCCUGCUGCAGUGUCAAUUUAACUCAACACAUUGUGUUUUAA